UAGCACAAACUUAAAUAACAAAAGCAACUGCAAUCAAUUUUAGUGUGCAGCGGCUCAGUCCGCGCUCAGUUUUGGUCACCAGCACAAACGGAUAACUGCGUCCAACAUGCAUACGCUGUUCAGUGAUCAGAACUCGUUCUCGCGCCACUAUGCGCAAACGGCCGCCGGCUAUACCUCGGCCUCGGUGGCAGCCGCCAGCAGCGCUUCGGCGGCGGCAGCGGCCCACUAUGCGUAUGAUCAAUAUUCGCGCUAUCCCUACUCGGCCAGCGCCUACGGCCUGGGCGCACCGCAUCAGAACAAGGAGAUCGUCAAGCCGCCCUAUUCCUACAUCGCGCUCAUUGCCAUGGCCAUACAGAAUGCUUCGGAUAAGAAGGUGACGCUCAAUGGCAUCUACCAGUACAUCAUGGAGCGCUUUCCCUACUACCGCGACAACAAGCAGGGCUGGCAGAACUCCAUACGCCACAAUCUCAGCCUCAACGAGUGCUUCGUCAAGGUGGCGCGCGACGACAAGAAGCCCGGCAAGGGCUCCUACUGGACGCUGGAUCCGGACUCCUACAACAUGUUCGACAAUGGCUCGUUUCUGCGGCGACGUCGGCGCUUCAAGAAGAAGGAUGUGAUGCGUGAGAAGGAGGAGGCGAUUAAGCGGCAGGCCAUGAUGAACGAGAAGCUGGCCGAGAUGAAGCCGCUCAAGCUGAUGACCAACGGCAUACUGGAGGCCAAGCAUAUGGCUGCGCAUGCGGCGCACUUUAAGAAGGAGCCGCUCAUGGAUCUGGGCUGUCUCAGCGGCAAGGAUGUCUCCCAUGCCGCCAUGCUCAACUCCUGCCACGACAGUCUGGCGCAGAUGAAUCAUCUGGCCGGCGGCGUCGAGCAUGCCGGCUUCACCGUCGACUCGCUCAUGAAUGUCUACAAUCCGCGCAUCCAUCACAGCGCCUAUCCGUAUCACUUGAACGACGACAAUCUGACGGUGGCCAGCAGCCAGAUGCACCAUGCUCAUCAUGCGGCGGCGGCGCAUCACGUGCACGCCCAGCAGCUGCGUCAUGUGGCGCACGUGUCGCAUCCCCUGACGCCGGGCAAUGGCAGCGGCGGCAUCCAAUCCUCGGGUGCUUCGCCCACAACGAUCUCAACGCCGCAUGGACCGGCGCACGGUGGCUGGUAUACGCCGGAGACUCCGCCCUCAGAGCCUGUAACCAAUGGCGCUCAAAGCGGCACGCCCACGCAUCCCGGCAGCCACAACAACAAUAACAACAACAACCACAACAAUAACAACAACAACAACAGCAUGCACAACAACAACAAUGCUGCCAUUACCGCCUCCGUGCUGACCAGCAGUCCCAGCUCAGCGCUCGGCUUUCGCGACAUGAUCUUUGAGCAGAACCAGAGCUGUCAGCUGGACACGGGCAGUCCCAAUGGCAGCAUACAGUCGGCCAGUCCGCCGGCGUCGGCGAGCGUGGCGGCUGCCUCGGCUGCUGCUGCGGCGGCGGUCAUCAAUAGUCAUCACCAUCAUCAUCAUCAUGUCUCGCAUCUGAGCAGCAAUCUGGGCCAGCUGGGCCAGCUGAGCAAUCUGAGUCACUAUCGACCGCAUGUGGGACACUAUCAGGAGUAUGGCAUCAAGUAUGGUGUCUAAAAAGGGGCGUGGCCAGCCCUCUUGUAUAUUUUUGUGUAAAUAUUAUUUCAAGCAGCAAAAGUAUCUCAAUGUAAACGUUUCUAGGUCUGUUGCUGUUUGCGCAGAUUGCGCACACAUUACAUUACGUAUACGAAGUGUAGGUCAAGCUAAUUGUAGUGCUAUCACAUAC